AAAAAUUAUAUAAAAUUAGUAUUCUUUUUAUAUUUUAAGGCUAAAUAAUUUAAUUAUUAAAUACUAGCUGUUUAUCUUUUGUUAAUGAUAUCUGACGUCUAUAAAUAGAUUUACAGCGGUGCCGCUACCAGCAGUAAAUAGAAAGAAUCAGCAAUAAUGUCAAAUCUCAAAAAAGUACAAAAUGAAAUAUGUGCUGAAAUAUUACAAAAACUUCAUGAGCCAACAAGAAAGCGCACUUUAUCAAAAACCCCUGAAAAAAAAACAAUUGAAGCUAUCAGAAAAUCUCUAAAUGUGGACUCUUAAAAUCAUAAAAUAAAUUCAUAAAAUUAAAUAGAUUCUUCUCCUAAAGAUAUUAAUAAUUUAAAACCUUGUGCUAUUUCUUCAGCAUCUUAUGCUACUAAUUUUUCUAAAACUCCUUAGGCCUAAAAACUGUAAAAGAUAAGCUUUAGUCUUUCUAAUCGCUCUUAAUCUCCUCAGUAUUUAUCUCUUGAUAAAACUAGAGCAAAGGCUGUUAGUAAUGCAUUUUUAAGUGAAAUAAAAAAUAAUUUUAGUAAGGAGGGCAAUUAUAAGUAAGGCUAUUAUGGUAAUAUUCCAUAAUCUCCUUUGUCUCCAAUAAAAGUAUAGGAAGAAGAACACAAUAAUCAUACUGAUUUAACUAAAGAAUAAAUGAAAUUAUUUUACGAGUAAGAAAAGAAAAAAAAUUAAUAAUAAUUAGAUAAUAUGGUGCAAUCAAAUUAAUAAAUUUUAUAGUCUCAUUUAGAUGAAAUAAAUAAAUUCUUUGUUUAAGAUUCAGAUGAUUUUUUAAGUUUAUCUAUUCUUCCUGCUAAUGAAAAUUCUAAAAGCAACUAAUAAUUUGAUUCACGUUUAACAACUAGUGAAUCUUAAGGUGAAUAUUAAAAAACUCUAAAUAAUGGUUAAAAUUUAUCAUAGUAAUUGCAUAAACUCAUUUAAUAAACUGAAAGUCCUUAAUAUAAUUCCCCUUUAAAACUUAAAUAAGAAUUAAAUACAGAUAAAAAAUAUGAUUUAAGUAAAGAAAAGAGCAGUAAAACUUAAUAAAAUUUUGUGUCCUUUCGUAGAAACUCUAAAAGCCCUAUCUCAAGAAAUUCUUAGUAAAGAAAUUCCAAAUCACCUGUUUAUAGUAGCAAUAAUAAAAAUAUUUAACAAUAAAUAAGUUAAUAGAAGCUAAUUUAGCCAGGCUAAUAGAAUAUAAGAAGUAAGUAGGUUAGUUUCUCUUAAGAUAUUUUUGUUGUAGAAAAGCAGAGUAUACCUAAAACAUAAGAUGAUGAUUCUAUCAGUCUUAACUAAAAUGUUUUUGAAAAGAGUUCAUUAGAAUUAAAAAAGCAGUAUGAGCAACAUCUAAAAACUAAUCCUGCUGAUUAACAGCAAAAGGCUGAAUUUGAAGAGCUACUUUCGUUGAUUAAGAAAGAAAAAUCAAUUAUUUUGAAUGAAAUUAAAUAUUUAAUAGAAUAAAAAAAUAAAUAUAAGUAUUUAUACAAUGAGUAAUUGCAAAAAAAUAGUUAAGAAGAGUAAUAGACAAAGUAAAACUAAGAUAUGACAAAGACUCAAGCAUUUAAAAAGAUAAUGAAUUACUUGGAUAAUACCAGUUAUAAUACAGGUAACUUUGUUAAAGUACAGCAAAGUAAAGAUCAACUCGAUUAAAUUAUAUCAACUAUAAAAAAUAAAGAUGAAGUUAUUCAUGUGUAAAAACUAGUUAUAAACAAACUCCUAAAUUAAUUAAGCCAAAAAUGA